AUGAGUUUGAAGCUAUACCUAAUCACCGACUGCUACUGCGUUUUUAUGGCAAUUUUGGCCGUUUUUGGGAAUUCCGGGAUUUUGUAUCUGUUCUUCAAAAAACGUCUGGACUCUCGAAGAAACCUCCGCAUACUGCUAUUCAUGACGGUUACCGAUAUUGUUUUCGCGGUUUCCAUACUACCGCAAAUAAUCUACAUGCUGAUUUAUUGGGAGAUGACCGGUAUCAACUAUGAUCCAUUAUUCAUGGCGAUCGCCGGAGCCCCGUUACCCAUGUUUUUGAAAGUUUCCUCAGUUUUAAAUGCGGGAGCAGCAACCGAGAGAAUAUUGGCCCUAUAUUUUCCAAUCGUGUACCGAAAAAUUUGCCAUAUAAAGUACUCCAACUACUUGAUGGCGCUCAGCUUUCUACUUGGCUCAAUUGACACUUGCCUGGGGAUUUAUAAUUUUAAACUCGAAAACCGCGUGAAUUGCUCCUCGAUCGGCUGCUUUGUUAAUGAUAGUUUCAGAACCUACUGGGGAGCUUCGAAUAUGAUCUGUGGAGUGGUUAUUAUAGCGAUAAGUUUGUUUGUGUUUGGGAAAGUUCGGAAACUUGGGAAAAGCAAUGCAUGGACUGGUAAAACCGUUGUGGAAAGGCAAAUGAAUAAGAUAUCUUCCCAAAAAUUCCGUCUGGCAAAUCGCAUCACUUGUGGGAUCCUUUUAAGCUCUCUGUUUUGUCUAACAAUUCCAUCGCUUCUGGUGUCAAUGCUAGCGACUAUCACCGGAUUCUCAAUUUUCGAAAAGUUUGGACCAUUCUACGUGGCAUCCUUGCUUACUAGUGGAUUUGCCAACUGCUUAAUAUUUUUUAUCCUAAAUAGACCAGUACUUAAAACAUUUGGUCUCUCUGAUGGAGGUUUCAACACUGCAACGUCUACUACAAAGUCUUCAAAACAUUCCACAAAACCCACCAUAAUUAUAGACCUUACAUAG